AUGAAGCGGGCGGUUGCAGCUCAGAAGGCGGUUGGUGGCGCUGUGGCAAAGCGCUCAGUGGCAAACGCUAACGCCCCUCGCACUCGGUUGCCAUUUCUUCGCAAUGUCGCACAGAACGCACGGCGUUCACCCGACACUUAUCGUACGGCAACACCCUUCACGUCAUAUCCGCCGCAUGUCAGCGGCCAGCAGCAGAAGAAACCGACAAGCCACGUGCUUUACAAGGAUCCGCAGUGCAUAAUAGUGAAUGAUGCAUAUCCCAAAUCGCGGUUGCAUUGUCUUGUCAUACCACUUGAUCUUUCUCUUGACUCGCUUAGCGCCUUACGCCCCAAUCACGUGCCAUUGCUGCAGCACUUAAUGGAAGUAGCGGAGCAAUACGUGCAGUUUACACGCGAGGAUGCGGCUUCAAAUGAGGCAGGGAUUCAGGCGCUUUCAUUCAUGACGGGAUUUCAUUCCCUCCCGUCGUUGCCGCAACUCCACAUGCACCUUAUCUCACGCGACCUCGACGGUCCCUGCAUGAAGACCAAGAAACAUUACAACAGCUUUGCCACACCGUUUUUCUUGCCAGCUGACCAGGUGGUGAAUGACUUACGGAAGAAUGGAUGCGUGACCCUUAAUCGAAAUGUGGAGGAACUGAACCGGUUUGAACAUGAGGAACCGCGAUGCCUGUGGUGUGGGCUAAACCCUGGUGGUUUUCAGCAGCUGCGCGUCCACCUCCGCACCUGUAAGGGUAACCGUGCGUAUGUAGCAUCAUCUACGGCUCCAGUGCAACAGUAG